UCAUGCCGCUCGGUGUUUAUAAAUCCAUCUGAGUGACAUCAGCAGUGAGAAGGUUUGGCCAACCUCCCGUCUCUUCCUCUGGGAUAAAAGCAUGUGGAGUAGCCUGGAGGUUCUGCUGUUCCCCUGCAGGAGCUCCAUGCUGCUCAGCCUCUAACAGCUCAUCUCCUGCCCGAGGUACAGCGCCGGAUCCGGACAAAGGCUGAAGGAAGGGAAGGAGGCUGAGCGGAGUAAAGCGCGGCUCUCCUGCGUUAUGUUGGGCAACAGGAAGAAGGCAGCUCAGGGGGGGAGGAACGGAGCCGGGACGUCCGAGGCUAAGGCCAUCGACCCGCUGAGGAACCUGGGAGUGCAGGAAGAUGAGGAUGUGAAGCGGAUGCUGCAGGGCUCCAGCAUGAUAAAGAUCCGCUCGCCUCGCUGGCAGAAGCGUCGAACUCUGAAGCUGCUGGAGGACGGAGUCACUAUCUGGUGUCAGUCCCACAAGACCACCAGCUGGGCCAAGGAGCAACAAUCCUUCUCUGUCAUGGAGGUGGAGUGUGUUCGUGAGGGUUGCCAGUCAGAGACAUUGCGGCAGAAGCUCGACUCAGGACAGGAGCAGAGGUGUUUGACGGUGGUCUUCAAGGGUCCCCGCAAGAGUCUGGAUCUGCUCUGCCAGAGCCAGGAGGAGGCUCAGCACUGGGCCCGCGGCAUGAAAACCCUGCAGGAGAGGGUGGAGAACAUGAGCCAGAAGGAGAAACUCGACCACUGGAUCCAUGCUUACCUGAGUCGGGCCGACCACAACCACGAUGAUAAAAUGAGCUAUGAGGAAGUCCAGACACUGCUACAGAUGAUAAACAUCGACCUGAGUGACCAGUAUGCCCGCACUCUCUUCCAGAAAUGUGACCAGUCAGCUGACGGCCGUCUGGACCACGGGGAGAUUGAGGUGUUCUGCAGGGAGUUGUUGCGGAGGCCAGAGCUCGAUGCUGUGUUUAUUCGCUACUCUGCAAAUGGCUGCGUACUCUCCACUGUGGACCUGAGGGAUUUCCUGAAGGAUCAGGGGGAGGACGCUUCACUCACCCAUGCCCAAAGCCUCAUCCUCACCUAUGAACUCAAUGCGUGGGCCCAGAAGAACCAGUUCAUGACUCCUAAUGGUUUCACCAUGUACAUGCUGUCCAAGGAGAACUGUGUGUUUGACCCAGCGCACGCCAGGAUUUACCAAGACAUGACACAGCCUCUGGCUCACUACUUCAUCUCCUCCUCUCACAACACAUACCUCACCAAGGACCAGCUGACUGGGGACAGCAGCACAGAGCCGUACAUCCGAGCCCUGAAACAUGGCUGCCGCUGUGUGGAGCUGGACUGCUGGGAUGGAGAUAAAGGAGAGCCAGUCAUCUAUCAUGGACACACACUCACCUCCAAAGUGCCCUUUGUUGAAGUCAUUCAGACCAUCAAUGACUAUGCUUUCAAAGCGUCUCCCUACCCUCUGAUCCUGUCUCUGGAGAACCACUGCUCCGUGGAGCAGCAGACGGUGAUGGCCCGACACCUGAGAUCCAUCCUGGGGGACAAACUGCUCACCAAGCCCCUCGACGGUUUGGAUCCUAACAAGCUGCCUUCUCCAGAGGACCUCAAGGGUAAAAUCCUGGUGAAGGGGAAGAAGGAGCAGGUGGUGGGGGGGUGCUCGUCCAGCUCCUCAGACCUCAGCUGCUCAGACGAGGAGGCCAAACCCAGCAGCAAGAAAGAGGAGAAGAAGCCAGGAGUGUCUAAGCUGAGUCCUGAGCUGUCAGAUCUGGUAGUGUACACCCGCAGUGUUCCCUUCAAGAGCUUCGAACAGGCAGCCAGAGGCCCAGCCACUGACAUGUCCUCCUUUUCUGAGAGUGAAGCGCUGAGGCACGCAAAGGACUCAGGGAUGUACUUUGUUCGUCACAACAGCCACCAGCUCAGCAGGAUUUACCCAUCAGGCCAGCGCCUCCAGUCCUCCAACUACAACCCUCAGGAGAUGUGGAACGCAGGCUGUCAAAUUGUUGCUUUGAAUUUCCAGACUCCUGGUGAGCAGAUGGACCUGAAUCAGGGCCGCUUCCUGCAGAACAAUCAGUGUGGAUACAUGUUGAAGCCUCCCUUCCUGUGCCAGCUGGACACUAAGUUCAACCCGGAGAAUGUUGGUGGAGGUCCGGGCCACAGACCUGUGCUGCUCACUGUCCGGGUUAUCUCAGCUCAGCAGCUGCCUAAACCAGACUGGGACAAACCCAGCUCCAUCGUGGACCCUCAUGUGUGGGUGGAGGUUCAUGGUGUUCCUAUAGACAUCAACAAGAAGAAAACUCCUCAUGUGGACAACAAUGGCUUUAACCCCCGAUGGGACUGCACCUUCAACUUCACCGUCCAUGCUCCUGACCUGGCUUUGGUCCGCUUCCUGGUGGAGGACCAUGACUACACCUCCAGCAAUGACUUCUUGGGACAAUACACCCUCCCUUUCACCAGUCUCCGUACAGGGUAUCGUCACGUCAGACUGCUCAAAGUGGACGGCUCCAGCCUCUCGCCCUCCUCCCUUUUCGUCCAUCUGAAGGUGACCCCAUGUGAGAGCAGCCCCUCCAAAGCAUCAGCCAAGUCACCAGCCAAGGCUUCAGCCAAGAAACCCUAACCCCGUCCCUGCCAUAAAGCUGCAUGAAGCAUGAACACAUCUGCCAGGAUCCAGACCAACACAACGACUGAGGUCCUACUGUUUUUAAACUCAUGAAAAAAGAGGAUUGUGUUGGGUCUCUUCAAACCUCUCAAUGACAACUAGACAGCAGAAGUCUAAUAUGCGACCUCCUGACCAAAGUUUGGUGCUAGAUUUUGUCCAUAAAUUUUAAACAUAAACAACUCCGAGCUAACCUCAAACUUGUUAAGUCUUGUGCUGUUUGAACAACAGCUUCUUUUUAACUUAUUGUAUCUUAUUUAAGUUUAAAAUCAAAACAGUCUAGAAAGGCCUGCUGGUGUGUGAAGAUUGACUGAACUAUGCAGUCAUUUUCUACAAACAACCCUCUCAUGUGACAUGUACACUGACGGAAUUAUUGGUCAGUGCAGAAAUAAGUAGUAAGUUAGGUUUCAUUUUAAGCUUCUUUUGUACCAUGUAUUAUAUCCUGCAGAACCCAGGUUAUAAUCUGAUGUUUACAGGCAUUACAGUAACCUGUUGACUGUAAAUAUGUGUGUAAAAUUAGGACCCUAUCCUAAUAAAGCUGGGGUUCCAAUGUGAAACUCACCCUAUACUUUAUAGCGCAAUCUGAAGAUCAGGGUUAUUUGUUGGAAGAUGUUACUGUAGAUCUCCAUGAUGAACAGUUCCUGCCUGUCUGACAUGUGCUGUACAAAUGAAUCCAAUCCCAGCACGUUUAUAAUGUUGUGUUAAAUGGAAUACGUGUUUUUAAGGGAUAACUUUUUUGUUAAAUGUCAGACUGUAUUUUAGCUCCACACAAUCUUCAUCAUAUUUCUAUGAAUGACCAAACUAUAUUAUUAAGUAGUUAUACUAUUGAUAGAAUUUGCUCGGUUGUGCAAUAGCGAAACGAUGAUGCGCACUAGAUAAAUCUGCUCCCUUAUGUUAGCGUGUUAGAUGAGAUAUAUAUGCAUUUGCUUUACAGUAAGUUUGCAAGAGUUUUCUCUGUUUACUCUGUGUGUAGAUGAGUUCUGUGCAGGUCAAAUGCUGUAUGAUGAUCCUGGCCACUGUGACACGAAUACUUGAUUAAUGUCAGAGUUUGAAAAGAUUAUAAGAUCAUGUUAGACAUCGCUCUGUAAACUCAUCUACUGUAGAGAAAGGGUUUUAUACAUUGCUGUUUUUAUCGAGGAGGGAUGUUUUGUAUAAGAUGGUUUUAGAACACUCAUAUUUUGUUUACACAAGAUACAAACAACUAUGAACAUGUUAUGUUUAGGUAAUCUCACAGAUAAUGUAAUGAAUUGAUGGACGUUUUAUCAGGACUGGGAGCUAGCCUAAUUCAAAUAUUCUCCAAGCAUGUGUAAAAUGCAUGCUGGAAAUUGGUGAAUUAAUCCAAAUAUCUUUUGCAUCGUGAGAAGAUUAAAAAAAGAAGAUAUCUCACAUGAAGCAUUGUCUGCUGAGACAUAUUGACAGAUCAUAUUAUGCUCAAAUGUGGAGUUUUAGAGCUAUUGUCAAUCAUUUAACAAUCUCAGAUAACAUUUCUCUCUGUGUAUACAAUAUUGCACUUACUCACUUGAAUCAGGAGCGAACAUGUACUUAAUUUAUGGUUAAAGACCAUUUUUAACUGUAGCAAUGAUAACAAAACUGUAACUGUACAAUUCAAAGUAUUGACUUUGUUGUUAUUUAUUGGAUUUUGAAGUAUUAUACUGUUUGCUUUUGUCAUGCACCAGCGGUAAAUCAACCUGAUGUUAUUUAUCGAUGCAGGUAAUAUAUUAAAAAUGUUAGAAUAGAAAAUGUAAUUCUGAAAAUAUUAAAACAAAAUGAAGAACUUCACAAGGCCACACAGUGUUAAAGUGACUGAGGUCCAGCUCUCCACCAAACUUUUUUACAGUGGAAAUAAUAAAUAAGCAUAUGUUA